AUGCCCGCCGAUCUUGUUCCCGAGACAAGGGUCCUUGCCAUUGCCAGCCAUGUCGUUUAUGGCCAUGUCGGCAAUAAAAUGGCAACCCUCGUCAUGCAGUCUUUGGGCUGUGAUGUCGCCGCCCUGAACACCGUUCAUUUCAGUAACCACACUGGAUACCGCCAAUUCAAAGGUACAAGAGCCACGGCAGAGGAAAUCAGGAACCUCUAUGAAGGGCUGUGCAUGAGCAACCUCACAGACUUUGAUGUCAUGCUCUCCGGAUACGCCCCCAGCGCUGCAGCCGUCGAGGCCGUCGGGAGUAUUGGGAUGGACUUGAAACGCAAAGCUGCAGACCGUCCCGGUUCAUUCUUCUGGGUCCUGGACCCAGUUAUGGGCGAUCAAGGUCGGCUAUAUGUUAAUGAUGAUGUAGUGCCGGCGUACAAGAAUAUCAUUCAGCACGCGGACCUGAUUCUUCCUAACCAAUUCGAGGCCGAGUAUUAUCCCCGUCCCAUCCCAGCCCGUAGUCCCAGAGACACGACUAACAGCACAAGGGUCCUCUCGGGUAUCCAGAUAACUUCACUGGAAACACUCGCAAAAGCAAUCACCGCCCUGCAUGAAACCUACAACAUCCCUCACGUAAUAAUCACCUCUGUGCAGCUCUCCAAGCUCCUCCCAUCUCCCGAAAACCCAUCGCCAGACUCAACACAGAACCUCCUCACUAUCAUUGGCUCGACUACACUGUCAACGGGUAAACCGCGCCUUUUCCGCAUCGAUGUCCCAGCAAUAGACUGCUUCUUCAGCGGUACAGGCGAUAUGUUUGCUGCGCUAACUGUCGCCCGGCUCCGAGAAGCCGUAUUUGCGGAUGCAGAUGAAAACCUACGAUAUAAAAAGUCAUGGAUUCCAGCUGAUGAUGUGAAGCCGACGGAGUUGCCGUUGGCAAAGGCAACGGAGAUGGUUCUGGCUAGCAGCGGAGAUACGGCUGGUGCGGAAUGUGCGGUUUCUGCGUGA